AACCGCACAUCAGAAAGAAAGAAAAAUGUAGUGCAUCAGUGCAUGUCCUGCCACUCCACUUUCUCAAACCCUUUGUAAACUCUGAUGCUAACAAACACAGCCAUGGCUCUCUCUUUGUUGAACAAAGUCCUUGCUACUCUGCUCUUUGCUCUCCUUUUAUUGAAGCCCACCUCCAGCUCCCACCACCACCACCACCACCACCCCCAUCAUGGGCUCAAGUCCAUCCACUUUGCUCUCUUCCAACAUGAAACGAUAAACAAAACUGGAUACAUCAUAGUGAAUGGUGUGGCAGGACCAGGAGUUAGUCAAACCACCACCCCUUUUGGCACCUUAUUUGCUUUCCAGGAUCCAAUGACUGUCACACCCAAACGGUCUUCAAAACUUGUAGGGAUUGCUGAAGGAACUUCCAUUACUUCUGGUCUGGAUGGGCUUCGGAGCAUUUCUAUUGCUAAGAUCACUUUGAGUUUGAAACACCACAAAGGUUCUGUUUCAAUUGUCGGAGGCACGCACAAUAUAAAGCCUUCCGAUCACCCUGUUGUGGGAGGCACCGGCGACUUUCUGUUUGUGCAGGGAUAUGUGACAUCGUCUCCAGUAAGUCUCGAGGGCCUCACCGUCGUCUAUAAGAUAGAAUUUCACCUCUACUGGCCUCCAUAUGCUUCUCAAACUUCUCUUUCCUGAACAGCUUCGCCUAUGUCCAAAUGAACUCUAGUCAAUAUGUUAAGAAUAAUGGUCUAUAAUGUUAUCUCGGUUGUGAGGGUAUCCUUUCCUCAUUUCUUUUGAACGUUCUUUUGAAUGUGAUGUCUCAUGUUUCAUGA